AUGGCGACAAGCAUGGAGGGGAAUCGGGUGUUGGUUCUAGGAGGAACAGGAUUUAUAGGCAGAAACCUGGUGGAUUACUUAGUGAGAAACAACCUAGCCAGCAAGGUUCGAGUAGUUGACAAAGUCCCGCCCCAGAUGGCCUGGCUAAAUGCUAGACAUUUAGAAUCAUUUUCCAGUCCAGUUGUUGAGUUUAAACAUUCCAAUCUUAUUAACAAAGCUUCAGCUGAAAAAGCAUUCUGUGAUGACGAGGGUGUGUUCAACAUUGUGGUAAAUCUGGCAGCAGAGACUAAAUAUGGCCAGAGUGAACUAGUGUACAAAGAAGGCAUUUACAAGCUGAGCAUGAACUGUGCGGAAAUAGCCGCUCAGCAGAAGGUGCGCAGAUAUGUGGAAGUGUCUACGGCUCAGGUGUAUGGUAGUGAAAAGAAACCUGCCAGGGAAAACUCUAAAUGUGAUCCGUGGACCAAUUUGGCACGACAUAAAUUGGAUGUGGAGAGGGCGCUAGAAAACUUUGUGGAUCUGGACUAUGUAAUUGUGAGACCAGCUAUCGUUUAUGGUCUCGGAGAUCGGAAUGGAUUGACUCCAAGGCUGAUCAUUGGUGCUAUAUAUAAAUACAUGCAGCAGAAAAUGCAGAUGCUGUGGACCAAAGAUCUGAAGAUGAACACAGUUCAUGUUGAUGACGUAGUCAUGGCAAUUUGGCACUUAUGUUUCCAUGGUAACCGUGGUGAAAUUUAUAACCUGGCGGACAAAGGGGACACAACUCAGGGCCUCAUCAGCAGCCUCAUCUCUGAACUAUUUGACAUCAACUACGAUUUCCUGGGAUCUAUAUUCUCCAAUUUGGCCAGGGUUCGGAUGACUGACAUUGUUGACGACAUCAAUGAAAAACAUAUGAGGCCCUGGUCAGAUGCCUGUCAAAGAGACGGCGUAUCAAAUACACCGCUCAAUCCUUUCAUUGACCAGGAGCUGCUGUACAACAAGCCUCUCUACAUUGAUGGCUCCAAGAUCGAAACAACAGGGUUUGUUUAUACAGUCCCUCAGCUGAGGGUGUCCAGUCUACAACAGGUCCUAGAUGAUUACCUCUCCUUGGGACUGAUGCCUCGAAGCCUGGUGGGCAACGAAGUCUUCUAUUCCCCACCUGACGACAAUGCAGAGGCGGGAUUCGAACUAGGUGGUGAUGGAGAUAGAGCAGGUGAUAACGACUUAGCCCAAGGCAGUGGGACCAGUUGA